AUGAGCACUGGUAAGAGCAUUGCGGAUGCAGGAACCAUGACAUCUGAUUUGUCAAAAGGCAGCAGCGCCAUCAGAUCUAUUUUUGCAAUUCUGGACAGGAAAAGCAAGAUUGAGCCUGACAACCCUGAAGGUUCCAAGAUUAAAAAAACGCUGAGUGGCAGGAUAGAAUUAAAGAGUGUUUUCUUUUGCUAUCCAUCAAGGCCCGAACAAAUGAUAUUCCAAGGUCUCAGUCUCAAGAUUGAAGCUGGAAAAAUGGUGGCGCUUGUAGGACAGAGUGGUUCAGGAAAAUCCACUGUUUUGGGAUUAAUUGAAAGAUUCUAUGAUCCAAUACAAGGAUCAGUUCUAAUAGACGAUUAUGAUGUCAAAAGCUACAACCUGAGAGACUUGAGAUCACACAUUGCACUUGUGAGUCAAGAACCGACUCUUUUUGCAGGAACCAUCAAUGAAAAUAUAGUUUAUGGGAAAGAGGAUGCCACUGAAGUUGAAAUCAGAGAAGCUGCGACACUUGCAAAUGCUCAUGAAUUUAUAAGUUCAUUGAGGGAUGGAUAUCAAACUUACUGCGGAGAGAGAGGAGUCCAGCUUUCAGGAGGACAAAAGCAGAGAGUAGCACUUGCUCGGGCAAUUCUGAAGAAUCCAUCAAUACUUCUCUUGGAUGAAGCAACCAGUGCCCUGGAUAGUUUAGCUGAAAAUAUAGUCCAAGAAGCAUUGGAAAGGAUGAUGGUUGGUAGGACUUGUGUAAUUGUAGCUCAUCGUUUAUCUACAAUACAGAAGGCAGAUUUCAUCAUGGUGAUUAAGGAUGGAAAGGUUGUGGAGAAAGGAUCACAUCAUGAACUACUUGCUAUUGGAGAUCAUGGAUCCUACUAUUCGUUAGUCAAGUUACAACAUAGUCACUCUCGUUAG